GUGUUUACAUUUUAAAAUAAUGUCAAAACUGUAUUUAUUCAUUUUAAAAUAAUUUUAAUAAUCAAGGUGAUUUAAAGUGGCGUCGGAACACCGAAAUAAAACUGCCACUGCAAUAAUGGACCAGGGUGAUACUCGGGGUGGUGAUAGACCAGGAAAUGGAGGUGCAGACAACACACAUCUACUCAUACAAUACGGCAUUUUAAUUGUUGUGGCGGUGAAUGUGGUAAACAUAGUGGGCGUUGUCUGGACGUGUGUCGGGGCGUUGGGCGCCCUGUGGCUCAUGAGACCCGACGAUAUAACACAUGUGUUAAACCAAUUGAGUAGUAGUGGUGGCGGCGACGGACACCGGGAGACUCGGACCCAGCCUCAGGACCGAUCGGCACAGUUACUACAGAGUGUACGCGACGAGCUAGGUGAUCACGAGUCACGAAUCAACCGUGUUCAUCGUGAAAAUAAGGCUAUUUUAAAACAGUUAAAAGCGCUGAACCGGCGCACUGACCCCGACUCGACCGUUGCCCGGCAACAGGUGGACAACGGGCGCAAGAUUGUUGAGUUGCUACAAAAACAUGAUGAUAAAAUUGAUGCCCUAAGCCGCACUGUUAGGGAACUGAAGCGCCGCCCCCGACAUAGUAGCCGCAGCUCGAGCUCGAGCUCCGACUCGAGUUGUGAGCGCAUAACUAAUAACACUUAUAAUAAUUAUAUUGAUAAUAGGAUGACCAACAAUCACUACGAGGACAAUAGUAUUAGUGUCAAAAUUGGCCCGAUUUCUGUGCCCUUACCGUUGCCUGCUAUAGCCGUGUGUUGGCUAACAGCCGGCGCUUACGGCACCUGUACUUAUAAACUGAGGACUGAGUUCACGGGCGCCACACAAGCGGAGUUUGAUUUAAGCGGUGAGACCGGCGACUGGGCUAUCGAUAUGGUGUUUGACGCUAAAGUUAAUCUCAAGAUAAUGAGCGGCGGGACAGUAAAAAGUGCCAGCGUUGACGAGCUUAAAUUCACCAUAGGUGGCGAGCAGUUAAAACCUGGUGAAACUCAUACGAUUUCCUACGAGGCCAGGUAUGAUGGAAAUCCGGGAGCUAAUCUUAUCAGCGCCACAUUUAAAGGCAAACCCAUUGAUAUUGGGCCGGUGUCUACUGUAUGGCCAGUCACUAUAGUGCCGGACGGAGAGCCGGGUCAUUACAACUACGGGGCUGUGAUUCACGCCUCCCUACUCUUCUAUGAGGCCCAGAGAUCCGGGAAAUUACCCACAGAUAAGAGGGUUCACUGGAGGGGAGACUCUAUGCUCGACGACGGCAAAGAUGUCGGCAAAGACCUGACCGGCGGUUACUUCGAUGCCGGUGAUUUAGUGAAGUUUGGUUUCCCAAUGGCCGCCUCUAUGACACUACUAGCGUGGGGUGUCGUCGACUAUCCGGACGCCUACCAAAAGGCCGGCGAAUUAGACAAUGCCCUGAAGGCUAUCAAAUGGGGCACCGAUUACUUCAUUAAAUGCCACACGAGUGAUACCGAGUUUUACGGACAGGUGGGUAAUGGCAAUGAGGACCACGCGGUGUGGGGCCGACCCGAGGACUGGCCUAAGAGUAAAGUGAGGCCCGCGUAUAAAGUGACGACAGCUCACGGAGGCACCGAUUUGUUGGGCGAGACGUCGGCAGCUCUGGCCGCGGCCUCCAUGGCCUUCAAGGCAACGGAUCCCAACUAUUCGGUCACACUUUUAACUCACGCCAAGUCUUUGUAUACAUUUGCGGACAAACAUCGGAGCACUUAUACGGUAGAGAUCAGUGACGCCCAAAACUUUUACAAAUCGUGGUCGGGUUUUGGCGACGAGUUGGCCUGGGCUGCCACGUGGCUGCUCAGGGCUACCAAUGAUAGCCAGUAUAGAUCGGAAAUUGACAAACAUUUCAACGAGUUUAGCGUUCAGUUGACGGGAAGGCCCACACAGUUUGGUUGGGACGAUAAGACCGCUGGGGUUCAGGUGUUGGCGGCCGAAGUGACCGGCGAUCAAAAGUAUAAGACUUUGGCCAAGAAUUUCUGCGAUUGGGUCGUCCAUACGGCGCCCAAAACACCAAAAGGUAUGGUUUACAUCGAUCAAUGGGGAACACUUCGACACGCGUCUAACGUUGCAUUCGUUUGUCUCCAGGCGGCAAAAGUGGGCAUAAAUCCGGAAGUUUACAAAAAGUUUGCCGAAUCGCAAAUAGGGUACGCAUUGGGCGACACCGGCCGCAGCUUUGUGGUGGGCGUCGGUGUCAACCCUCCCACGCGACCCCAUCACAGAUCGUCUUCGUGUCCUAAUGAGCCGGUCAUAUGCGACUACUCUGCGAUGUCAAACCCGGGCCCCAAUCCGCAGAUACUGACGGGCGCACUGGUGGGCGGGCCCGACAAGAAUGACGGCUACGCCGAUAAACGCGACGAU